CAAACCAAAUCAAUCAUACUAGUAGUAAGUGAUUUUCAACAUCAAAAAUAUUGAUGGAAUUCGAGGCUAGAACUUUCCUUGCGACGGUGGUGAUGUUUCUGUUGGCAUCAAGUGUGUUAAUUAUGGAAAGUGAGGGUGCUGGAGAAUGUGGAAAGACACCAAUUGGUUCAGCAGCUGCUAGUCUGAGUCCAUGCUUAGAUGCAUCACGUAAUGGGAGGGCAAAAGUUUCAGCAGCUUGCUGUUCUAAAGUUGGUGCUUUGCUUUCAACUUCUCCAAAAUGUCUUUGUUCAGUUCUUUUGUCACCUCUUGCUAAACAAGCCAAGAUUAAUCUUGCUAUUGCUAUUACUAUUCCUAAGAGAUGCAACAUUAGGAACAGACCUGCUGGAAAGAAAUGUGGAAAUUACACACUUCCUUGAAACCAAAACAGCAGAAUAAUAUAUGUGAUAUGUAGUAUUUAACAUAUUAAAGAGCUAAAUAAAUUUUAUGUUAUGACAUUUUUGUUAGAAAAUAGGUGAUAUGUAGUAUUUAACAUAUUAAAGAGCUAAAUAAAUUUUAUGUUAUGACAUUUUUGUUAGAAAAUAGGUAAGAUAAUCCUAGAUAACUUCGAAGAAUCGUGUUAGUAUAAUUUCCGAACAAAGUAUUUCGACCCUAUUCUUGCCUGGGUUCACGAAAUCUUUGUGGGGAUAAUUCUCGAAGAGCAAUCUGUUUCUGACAAUAGAGAACAGAUCACGAAUGUAGAGAGGAAGUAUUAUUUUUCGUGUACCAAAAUCGAGACCAAAUGACUCCUUAUAUAGGAGAUCAAUAACAGAAACCGAAAAGACACACCUGUUCAGAAAAAACGGUCAUGUUUGUUGGGAAAGGGACCCCAGCCACGGGCUCUGCACCUUGACCCCGACGGGGCGCUGCCCCGCACCCCGCCAGGGGCUACGCCCCUUGGAACCCCGUUUCGAUUAUUCGUAUUCAAUUACACGUUUGGCUCGACGAGCGUGCACUCCGCUCCACCCUAACUCGUUUCAAACUUAAUGCAUAAUUGCAUCGCCCUAUAGUAAAUCACAUUACUACCAAAAUACAUUGAUGAUACUAAAAUCACCAACA